AUGGCGCUCUGAUAACUUGUACGUCGUACUUCGUUUCGAGAAUCUCUCAUCAUGUUUUCAUAUUCUCCCAGUUGGUGGCUUAAUAUCGCCACGUUUUGUGUAAUAAUGUGUAUGAUUGCAUAUUAUUUUUGUACGUGGACAUUUACUAAAUGGGAAAAACUUAAUGUACCUUACGUUCGUCCUAUUCCAUUGUUUGGUAAUUUUUUGAACGUUGCUUUGGGAUUCGAACAUCCAGUGGACUUUUACAAAAGAAUCUACAACGAAUUGGCUGGCCAUCAAUACGGGGGCCUAUUUCAAAUGAGGACACCUUAUUUGAUGAUUCGAGAUCCAAAACUAAUUAAUACCAUACUCAUAAAAGACUUCUCUUAUUUCCCGAAUCGCGGCAUUUACUCGGACUUCUCGUUCAAUCCGUUGUCAAACAAUUUAUUUUUCAUGGAAAAUCCCCAAUGGAAAGUGAUCAGAAAUAAAUUGAGUCCAGCGUUUACUUUGGGAAAACUCAAGUUGAUGUACGAUCAAAUCAAAGAGUGUGGUGACGAAAUGAUGAAAAAUAUCAGUAAGAAUCUGACAGAAAACAGCAAUAGCGAAAUAGAAGUAAAAGACGUCAUUGGGAAUUAUUCGAUAGAUGUCAUUAGCACUUGUGCUUUUGGACUCAAGUUAAAUACCAUAAAUGAAGAAAAUAUCGUAUUUCGUAGGUACGGAAAGAGCUUAUUAAAACCAUCGCUAAGACAUCUUUUAAAAGAAUUGAGUUUAAUGGUUACUCCGGCACUUUUAAAAGUUAUAAAAUUAAAAGAUUUUCCAGCAGAUGCGUUAGAUUUUUUUGACUCAGUGUUUCGCGAGACUAUAACUUAUCGAGAAAAGAACAAUAUAGUUAGGAAUGAUUUCGUUCAAGUUCUAAUGCAAGCAAGACGUGAUUUAGUUUUUAACGAAAAUUUACUUCCAAUUGGUAAUAAAGAUUUUUGAAAAAAAAUUUUUUAAAUUUUUUAGUUUAAAUAAAUAAUAGAUACUUAUAUCUACGUAUAAUAAAUAACGUUUAAACGUAAAUUGUAUUCUUGUGUUUAUUUAGAGAAAUUUACGGAAACACAAAUUGUGGCGAAUGCUUUUGUCAUGUUUCUUGCUGGAUUUGAAACGGUGUCUACAACUUUGAGCUUUUGUUUAUAUGAGUUAGCAUUGAAGAAAGGUAUCCAAGAAAAAUUGCGUGAUGAAAUUAUAUCACAAAAGUUCAAAAACAACGGAGUGAUUGACAAUGACUUUUUGGUAGAUCUAAAUUAUUUAGAUAUGGUUUUGGCAGGUAAAUUUAAAUAUUAUAUUAGUUAUCUCCUAGAACUGCUAGGUAUGUUAUAAAUUCGGGUUUAUAUCAUUUUCUUCUCUGAGAAAAAAUUUUCAAAGAUAAAUUCAUAAUGUAUUUGUUUUACAAUUAUAUGUAUUUUUUUUAAUAUAUAUAUACUAUGAAAAAAAUGUCUACCAGAAAUCUUGCACCGGUAUGUACGUGUAGCACCAUUUCUAAAAAGAAAUAUUGUCUAGAUGGUAAUUUAGGAGGUAAUUUUUUGAUUUUCAAAGCGUUUUUCAUAAUUUCUGGGAAAGACUGGAAUAAAACAUAAGAAAAACGGGAAAUUUACUAAAAUAUUGUUUUUAUUAUUUUGUUGUAUUUUAGUUAAAAAUAUUCGUAGAGACUUUAAAUUUGGACAAAAAACUCAUAUUUGCUUUUUCUAGACGUGGUUUAACUGUAAAAACAUUUGAGGCAUUUUUAAACUUUUUAUAGACAUUUUAAUUUUGUGAGUAAUUUUUAUUUAGUAGGUACUUUAUAAAUAAAAUUGUUAGGCUAAACAGAAAUGCUUGAAAGUUAAACAGGAGGUUCAUUAGAAGACGUACUUUAUGAUCAAAACAAAAAAAAAAAAUUGAAUUGAAUAUAGCAUUUCUUUUUAUAGAAGAAUUUCGAUAACAAAUUUGAUAGAAAUCAUUUUAUUAAAAAUUAUGUGGAAUAAAUCUAGUUACUGGUGCAUAUGAAUCGCUUCAAUAUAUAUUUUUUUUUACUAUAAUAUUCCACAUAUAUUGUUGAAAAAGCAAUACUUUUAACCGAGUUCUGUUUAAAAUCGUUUUAAUUGUGUGUGUAUGUGAAUUGUAUUGCCCACAGGGGGGGGGGGCAAGAUGCAAUGCAACACUGCAUUUUAGAUUCUGAGUGUAGCGAAGAAUGACGUAUUUGUUUUACUAAGAUGAUUUUUUUUUUUUUGUAAUUUUUUAUAUUGUUUAAUAAUUCUACCAGAAAUCUUACUCCGACGUAUACGAUGUAGACGACUUUUCUGAAAGGAAAUUUUUUGGGGUGGUGUUAGGAAGGUUAUUUUAUGAUUUUCCAGACAGCUUUUCCAAUAAAAAGAAAAUAUGCGAAAAAACUUAAGAAAAACGAGAAAUUUACAAAAAUAAUGCUUUUAUUAUUUGUUGUAAUUUAAUUAAAAAUAUUCGUAGAGACUUGAAACUUAAGCAAACAACUUAUGUUUACUAAACAUGGUAGAAUUUUCGAAACAUUUGCGCCAUUUUAGGCAUUUUAUAAAAAUUGUAUUAUUUUUAGUUGAAUUUCAGUUAAAAAUAUUUGUAUCUAUUUUAUGAUUUUAUGGACUUGAAAUUUGGAAAAAUGUAUAUUUACCUUUUCUAGACGUGGUAAAAUUUAAAUAUUCAUUUUGCGAGUUUUAUACAUAAUUUUUAUACAAUAAUACUGUGUGGUAAAAUUGUUGAACAAAACAGAAAUUAUUGAAAAUUGAAUAGGAGGUUCAUUAAAAGUUUUACUUUGUAUUCAAUAAAAAAAAUUUGAGUUAAUAUAGUACUUUUUUUAUGAAGGAAUUUUAAUAUUAAAUUUUGACGAAAAUAUUUCGAGUAAAAAUUAUGAGGAACAAAUUUAAUUUUUCAAUUUUAGAUUUUGAGUGGAACGAUAUUAUUAUAAAACCAUAUUGCAUAUGGUUUUACAAAGAUGUUUAUUUAUUUUUUUUCUGUGUGCAAUUUUUCUACCAAAAGACUUGCUCAGAUUUUUAUGUAUAGAAGUUUUUCUGAAAGGAAAUCGGCAUGAGGAGGUACUUUAGAGAGGUAGUUUUUAAAUUUUUAAAAUUUUUUUUUUUAUUACAUUUGAAAAACCGAAAAAAAAAACAGGAAAAUAUAAAAAAUGUAGGUAUUAGUUAAAAUAUUGUACGGCCUUCUUUUUUUAUGUGAACAACUUUUCUACCAACAAUUUUGUUCCAACUCUUAAUGAGGGAAAUAUUUUUAAAAGUAAAUUUCACUAGGGAAGUACUUUAAAGAGUUCGAUUUUCGAUUUUCUCUGGACUUUUCUCAGCAGAUGUGAAAAAUCGGGAUAAAACAUGGGAAAACUGGGAAAAUCGAUACAACAUUAAACAAAUAUUAAUUAAGAAAAUAUACAGAACUUACCUUAUUAUUUCACUAUUUGUUGACAAAGCAUCACUAUCAACUGAACCCCGCUCAAAAUCGUUUUUUCAUAAGCAAUGGUUUAUCUUUGUUUACAGAUAUACAUUAAAUUCCCUUCUGUAUCUUAUCUUCUUAAAUUCCCACCUACAACAGUGACUACACCCAUGUGCGAAGUAUGUCCAUAUUUUUAUCAUUAUUAUUUUGAUACAGGAUUUCUAACAUAAGUUGAAAUUCUCGUGAUAUUUACCUCAUGUAUUAUAGUCUUAACAAAUAUAAUUUAUAAGCAUAAAAUAAUUAAAUACCUACAGAAUUAAUAUUUUAUAUUCAAUUUUAUCUGAAUUACUUUAUAUAGUUUAAUGUAUUUCUGAAUACUUUAUUAUAAAAUGUAGUAUAAGAAUCUAUAAUUUUUGUUACAAAAAAUGUAUUAUUCACCUAUAUCUAUAAUUUAAAUAUGAUUUUUAGAAACGCUUCGUAAGUAUCCACCGACAUUUGCAUUAUUCAGGAAAGCUUCACGAGAUUAUCAUGUAGGCAACGAUUCAUUAACUAUUGAGAAGGGUCAGCAAAUAAUAAUUCCCACACUUUCACUGCAUUAUGAUGCAAAUUAUUUUCCGAAUCCGGAAGUCUUUGAUCCAGAAAGAUUUUCAUGCGAACAAAAAACUAAACGUCAGAGAGGUACGUACUUUCCAUUUGGUGAUGGACCUCGGAUUUGUAUUGGUGAGUUUUUAAGAAACAUAAAUUUAUUAAUAAUGGUCUUGUGUUUAUCAUUUCCUUUAUUAUUAUUUUUAGGAAAAAGUUUUGCUGAACUGGAAAUGAAAUUGGCUUUAGUUGAAAUUUUAACUAAAUUUGAAGUGGAACCAUGUAGAAAAACUGAAAUUCCUUUAAAAUUUAGUAAAAAAACCUUUAUAAUGAUGCCGGAAAAUGGAAUUUGGUUGAGAUUUAAACAUAAAUUCUAGUUAAGCCACUUGUUUUAACAGAAAAUGAUUUAUUAUUUAUUAUUAUAAUUAUUACUUUAUUUGUUCAUACAUUUUAUAAAACUUUCAAACUAAUAAUCAAAGAUAUAUAAUAUCAUAUAUUAUGUACCUAGAGUUGGCAAUAUUGAGAAUUUCGUCACCGGUAUUCGGUAUGUUUUUACUGGUAUACCGUUAUUACAGUAUUUUUCAGUAUAUACCGGGGGAUUCAUUUAAGAGGGUACACUCAUUAUCUUGAAAAGUAUUAACUCUUUUUGGAAUUUGUUUUCUAGACCAUUUAAAAAACAACCAGCUCUAAUUUUAUAUUUAUGUUAUUUUUUGUUAACCCUUAUUUUUGGAGGUAAAACCACAACCUAUUUUUGAUUUUAAAAUGGCAACCUAUUUUAAAAAUUCCAAAAGUCGAUGGAGUAUUAGUUAAAAUAAAUUUGAGUGCUGAAAUGUUUGAUUUCUGUCAAGCUGUUUACGAGAUAUUCCACUUUUAAUUUUAAGUUGGAGGAGAGUAGUGGUACAUUAAUAACACCGAACCGCCACACAAAUGAUACUCCACCACUCUCCUCUAAUCCAAACUUAAAAGUGGAAUAUCUCGUCAACUGAUCUAUGUAAAUCAAAAAUGUCAACACUAAAAUUUAUUUUAAUUAAUACUUCAUUCACUUAUAAACUUUUUAAUAUAGGUUGCCAUUUAAAAAUCAUAAUUAGGUAGAGGUUUUACCCCCAAAAAUGAGGGUGAUAAAAAAUAAUAUAAAUAUAAUAUUGUAGAAGAGCUUGUUUCUUGAAUAUUCUAGAAAACAAAUUCCGAAAAAAGCUUAUAAUUUCCGAGAUAAUGAGUGUACCCACUUAAAUGAAUCACUUGGUACCGUCUCUUCGGCUUAAUUAUAAAAAAAAAUAAAAAUUAUUAACUGGAUCUAUCUAAUGAUUGACUCAGUGAUUGAUCAAAUGCCCUAAUAUUGUAGUACUGAUAAGUAACGUGUGCUGAUAAAAAGUGCUCUCUUUUUUUCUUAAAAACAAAAUAUUUAUCACAGUUUUUAGAUAACCGUAAUAUUUACCGAUUUACCGUAGUAUUUACGGUGUUUACCGAAACAACGAUAUACCGGUACACCAAAAAUGCCAACAGCUUUAUAAUAGAGCUGUUUGUAUUUUCGGUGUUUAAUAUUUGUUUAAUGUUGUAUUGAUUUUCCCGGGUUUUCUACGUUUUUCUCGGUUUUCCCAUGCUUUAUUUCGGUUUUUUAAAUUUGCUGGGAAAUCUCUUGGGAAAAUCGAAAAAUAACAUUUCUAAAGUACCUCCCUAGUCGAAUUUCCUUUCAGAAAAAUUACACUGUAUUAGUGUUAAUAUUACAACAAUUAUAGUAAAUGAAAAAAACGAAUAGUGCAUGGGAUCUACGCAGAGUCGGAUUAAAGGUGGGACAGGGGAGUUAUAUGUUUCCAAGAGCAAGAUUUUAAAGACUCAAAGUUUUCUAAUAAUGUAGGUACCAUUUAGAGUUAAAAAUAUUAGUCAUAUUAGUUAUAUUAUUAAAAAUAUUAGUUAUUAAUAACUAUAUCGAACCAAAUUUCGCGUUUUUAAUAACCAAAGCCUAUUGUGUCUUACACAAUAGGCGCCGUGAUGGGUUUGAUUAUGAGGAUAGCUUAAAUUGUGAAAUGGAUAUCAUAACUGAAAGAAGAGGAGUUGGUAAUGCUCAGACAAAUGCGAAGGAUGUUAAGGAGUAUUUUGUGAAUUAUGUCAACCCUCAAAUCACGCACAAAAUUGGCAAAAUAAAAUUAUUGGUAAAUAAAUCAAUAAGUAUAAUAACAUGACGUAUUUAUUCAAAUUCUAUCUAUGUUAAGAAAAUUAUGUUUUUAUUAUUUUGCUUAUUUUGUUUGUAAAAUAUAUUUAGGGUGUUUACUUUUUAUAAUUUGUUUAUGCUUAUUUAUUUUAUAAUUUCAUACCACAUAUUAUGAG